AAAAUUCAGGUGCUAAGGUGCAACACAAGUACGACACGAGUUCACAACAACUUUAUACGUGAGCCACAAAAUUCAUUCAAAUUCUCCAUCCAGGACUAAUAAUAAUGAAGAAAAAUAAAUAAAUUAAAAUAACAACACUUUAAUUUGUGCUUUUUUAAUUUUUUUCCAAUCAACAUCUGAUGUGUCACCCCCACUUUUUUGCUUCUAGUAUUUUUUUUCUCACUAAAAUCACAAAAACUCUCUCAUAUAGUGAUUUCAUCAUAAGCUUCUCAAUCUAUAUGUUCUUAUUCUGAUCAAUUCUGUAACCUCAACAUCCAUGCAAUUGAUUUAGGAGAUUUAAAUCCAUAGGCAAAAUUGAAGAAAGCUAAGAGGGGAGAAGGAGAUUUUGAAGAGUGGUUUCUGAAGCUAUAUAUAUGGCGAAUCAAGAUCAAGAUGGAUUAACUUGUUUCAGUGUUAGCCCUUCAAACUCAAUUGGAAAUGGAGUUUCUUUGAAUUCGGGAUCACAUUCUGUUACACAUAUUCAACUCAGCGAUCACUUAUCUUGCGCGAAUGACUAUGCUCUUAAGAUAAGGAAACCAUAUACUAUAACAAAACACAGAGAAAAAUGGACCGAUGAAGAACAUAACAAGUUCCUAGAAGCCUUCAAGCUGUAUGGCCGGGCCUGGCGACGCAUUGAAGAACAUGUUGGCACAAAGACUGCGGUACAAAUUCGAAGUCAUGCUCAGAAGUUUUUCUCUAAGGUUCUUCGCGAUAAAAGUGAGUAUACAACAAAAACUAAGGGCUCAAUUGAAAUUCCUCCUCCUCGACCCAAACGAAAGCCUGUGCAUCCUUAUCCUCGGAAGCUAGUUGAGAUGACCGAUGAUAGUAAAGGAAUUUCAAUCCCGAAAAAGGUAAUGAAUCCUAUUUCUCUGAAGACAUCAGAUUUUGAUCAAGAAAACCAAUCUCCCAAAUCAGUACUAUCUACACCUGGUUCCGAAAGCCUUAGUUCGUCCGAUUCAGAUACAAUAAAUGUAAGUUUAUCUCCAAUAUCAUCGAUUAGCUGUGUUUGCGCAAGUGUUUUUACAUCUGCUGAAUUCAAAACACCAUCAAAGGAAGAAGCUAGGCUAGAUGCUGAUUCGGCUUCUGAUGAAAAAGCCGUUAUGAAACUUGAGAUUCUCACCAAUGAAAUAGUUUCUGCUAAAGAAAGCGGCAUCAUAGAAGAAUCGUCUCGUCAAACUCUUAAACUUUUCGGGAUGACUCUAUUUGUAACCGAUACUCGCAGAACAUCUUCUCCAACAAUUGAGGCAUGCAAACCAAUACCUAUUAACAUAGAUUUUAGUAAGGUGGAAGGAAAAUUGGAACUUCUAGGCAAUAAUUCACUAUGUGAAAAAUCAGCUAUAUCAAAGCUAAGAGUACGUAACAGUGAGACAUGAAACUUGUGGUAAAGGGUUUGUGCCAUAUAAAAGGUGCAUGUCAAAGAAAUAAAAUCACUCUUCAAUAUAACAAUGAUACCGUACGAGUUAGGAGCGAAACUCUUAAUUUAUUGCUUUGGGAAAAACCAUAGCGAAGAUGCGA